UGGCUGCCUGCUUCUGUGCCUGCCUGCAUUAUUUUGCAAGGCUGCUGGGAGUUUUUAAGCUGUGUGAGAAUCCUGGGAGUUGGUGAUGUCAGACUGGUUGGGUCAUUUGAAGGUUAGCAGCCUGGGAAGGGUUCAUGGAAAGUUCACUCGCAUAUAUUAAGCAAUUCAAUCUUUCAUUCUGUGUGACACAAGUAGUAGGAAGUGAGCUGUUCGCAGGCAGAAGGAUCUAUUCGCCGGCAAAGGGGGAUCCAGAGCUCUUAUCGAAGCCUGUUUUCUCUGCAAAACUUGGACGCUGCACAGGAUAUUUUUAAAAACACCUAUUCAGUGGAAGCCUAAGAGGCAAGAAGGCUCCUUUGAGGUUUUGAGGAAGAGAUGGAGGAGAACUGAAACUUGGAAAGCUCCCUGCUCCCCCCCUCCUAUUCUGCCGGAUUGGCUGAACAGGCUGGAAAAUGGUAAAUGAUCAUUUGGAUCAAUUACAGGCUUUUAGCUGUGUUGUCUGUCAUAAUUCAUGAUUCUGGUCUGGGAAAAAGACCAACAGCCUACGUGCCAAAAAGGGGGCAGAGUUUGAUGGAGUUGGAGGGACUUUCCUAUGCCAUUUUCCUCCACACCUAGCGGAAGGCACUUUUCCAGACCUACUGUGGAGGGGGAAUCAUGUUUGACUGCAUGGAUGUCCUAGCAGUAAGCCCUGGUCAAAUGCUGGAUUUCUACACUGCAAGUCCGUCUUCCUGCAUGCUCCAGGAGAAGGCUCUCAAAGCAUGCUUCAGUGGAUUGGCACAAACAGAAUGGCGCCACCGGCACAGUGCGCAAUCAAUUGAAACUCAGAGCACCAGUUCUGAAGAACUUGUUCCCAGCCCGCCUUCCCCGCUUCCUCCUCCUCGUGUUUACAAGCCCUGCUUCGUUUGUCAGGACAAAUCUUCUGGAUAUCACUAUGGCGUCAGUGCUUGUGAGGGAUGUAAGGGUUUUUUCCGCAGAAGCAUUCAGAAGAACAUGGUUUAUACAUGUCACCGAGAUAAGAACUGUGUUAUUAAUAAAGUCACUAGGAACCGCUGCCAGUACUGCAGACUACAGAAGUGCUUUGAAGUGGGAAUGUCCAAAGAAUCUGUCAGAAAUGACAGGAACAAAAAGAAGAAGGAGCCUUUAAAGCAGGAGUUUAUGGAGAAUUACGAAAUGACGGCAGAGUUGGAUGAUCUCACAGAGAAAAUCCGAAAAUCUCACCAGGAAACCUUCCCUUCUCUCUGCCAGCUGGGCAAAUACACUACGAACUCUAGCGCUGACCAUCGAGUUCGGCUGGACCUUGGGCUCUGGGACAAAUUCAGCGAACUUGCAACCAAGUGUAUUAUUAAGAUAGUGGAAUUUGCAAAACGGCUGCCUGGUUUUACAAGUUUGACAAUUGCAGACCAGAUCACACUACUUAAAGCUGCAUGCUUGGACAUCUUGAUCCUUAGAAUUUGCACAAGAUACACGCCCGAACAAGACACGAUGACGUUUUCCGACGGCCUUACACUGAACCGAACUCAGAUGCAUAACGCAGGAUUUGGUCCCUUGACAGAUCUUGUGUUCACGUUUGCCAAUCAGCUCCUGCCCUUGGAAAUGGAUGACACGGAAACUGGCCUGCUUAGUGCCAUCUGCUUAAUCUGUGGCGACCGCCAGGACCUCGAAGAACCAGCUAAGGUAGAUGAACUACAAGAGCCGUUGUUGGAGGCUCUCAAAAUAUACAUCAGAAAAAGAAGACCCAACAAGCCUCAUAUGUUUCCAAAGAUCUUAAUGAAAAUCACAGAUCUACGCAGUAUCAGUGCAAAAGGCGCUGAACGUGUUAUUACACUGAAAAUGGAAAUCCCUGGCUCUAUGCCGCCUCUUAUCCAAGAAAUGUUGGAAAACUCAGAAGGACACGAACCACUGACCCCAAGCUCAACCGGGACCACAACAGAGCACAGUCCUAGCAUCUCCCCAAGCUCCGUGGAUAACAGCAGUGUGAGUCAAUCCCCACUGGUGCAAUAAGAUGUUCUCCAGUGACAUUCCUUACAUUUUAUAGACAGGGAUGAGACGCAAGAAUAGUCUUUACUGCUGCUCAUUUUCUGGACUUAUAUAUAAACACACUAAAACCCAACACGGACCAAGAACUUUUCAUGUGUAUCCGUAUUAUGUGUACACACACACACAUACCCAAACAGAUGCCUUGCAGCUUAACUUGAAACCAUAAACUUUUGAAAUACUAAAUGAACUAGUUCAUGAAAUAAUAAACUAGUUAAGCUUCAAUUGUUUCUGCUGGAAAUCCAAGAUUGUACGGUGACAAGACAGAUCUCAGACAAGAGGUUAAAAUUAUGGUUUUUACCCAUUUCUGAUGACUUUGUACAUAAACAAAAUAUAUGGGCCUGUACUUUCUCUACUGGAUGUUUGGUGCUCUCCUUUUCUCUUACGUACAUGAAAUGACCCAGACAACAUGCUUACGAAAUGGACCGCUUACAUGUCCAGGUGAAAAAAAGUUCUAAGAGACAUUCUAAUUUGGUUAGGAUGAAAACUUGUCUUUGCUCUUUUUUUUUUAAUGGCCUUGGUUUGUAUUUCUUUCUUUCCCUGUAAAAGGAUACAAAGAAAUUCACUGCACUAGCAGAAGGAACUUCUGUAUACAUGUAACUGCCAGACCAGUUAUUUGGAUGUAAUUUGUUUUACUGUUAAUGUCACUUUAAAAUUUACAAGGGGGUUUGUUACUUGGCUGACUUCUCUACAUUUAAAAAUAAAUACUAAAUUUUUAACUUCAAUUGUAGCCUUCAAGGCAGAAACACUUUCCAGUGUUAAUGUGGGGGUUUUUGUUUUUGUUUUUGUUCACUUGUUCACAAGCUGUUAGGGGAAAAUUCGUGGGCUAAUAAUGACCAGGCAUACUCACUACCUCUGAAUUGGUGACACUAGUGAAAACAAAUAUGGAGAAACUGUCGUUCCCCGCCCCCAAGCCCCACAGUCCUCCUCUCUGGUAACAAGGGGCUGUCACUAGAAUACCCAAAAGCAGAGACUAGAAUCUGCCUCUUUGACUUUGUUAAUCACCAUAAAACAGAGUGGAAAAUGUGGUAGCGUGGUUACAAUUUUUAAGUGUCAGUUUCUUAGGUUUCAUUUUAAAGCACUAGUGAAUUUUUUUUAUAUAUUCUAGCAAGUCUGUGAUGUACUUUCACUGGCUCUGUUUGUACAUUGAGAUUGUUUAACAAUGCUUUCUAUGUUCAUAUACUGUUUACCUUUUUCCAUGGAAUCUCCUGGCAAAGAAUAAAAUAUAUUUAUUUUAAACCUGUGGUCAAAAACAGUGUCUUUUUAGUCCAAGCCCCCAAGCACAAGGAAAUGGUUUUUAUAUUUUUUUUAAUGUUUAAACUUCAUUUCAAAAAGCAGGUUUGCAGUUUGCAACCAUGACAGUUAAAAUGUGUGCUUUUGCACAGCUCCCUAGAACAUUUCUACAAGCCGGUCAGACAAAUACAUGACAUUUCAAUGAGUAAAAAAGAGCAUAAAACUGUCGGUGUAAGAACAAAAUGUUAAAAUGCCUACGCACAAUAAGAAAAAAACCAUCAAUUACAUCAUCACAUAAAAUAAGUCAAAUGUACAAAAA